AUGAAGUAUGCAUUUAUCUCACACAACAUUGAUUUUGUUACAUUCUUGAUGAAUGAAUUCAAUUUAGAGAUCAGUUUAGAAGAAUGCGAAAUUUACAAUAAUCUCGAUUCCUUUUUAGUUUAUUUCGAUCAAACUAAUGAUAUUAGCAAAUGUUUUGCUUAUUCAUCGAUGUUUAAUAUUCCACCCUUUUGGGAAUAUUUCCUUUCACUUGGUGCUGAUAUCAAUGCAAAAAACGAUAAUGGAGAAACCGCUCUUUUUGGUGCAGCAUCUAAUAAUAGUUAA